AUGCAGCUCACCAAAGCCACCUACCUCGCUCUGGCCGCGGUUGCUCUGGCCCUUCCCCCAAAUGACAAGGAUGAACUGGUCCAAAACCCCAUCGACCCCGACCUUGCAUCAAAAGGCGCCUGCGGCAUCUUGAAGAAGCCCGUCUGCUGCCGUCAAUCUCAUCUUGGCUUGAUCGACACUGGCUGCUCCGCUGCGGCUGGAUCCCCCAAGACGGGGCAGGAGCUGGCCACCGCAUGCGAAGCCACGGGAAAAUUGGCCAGGUGCUGCGUCCUAGGUCUCCUGGGCCUAUACCUCGCAUGUAUGCCCCCCAAAGCCGUUGCCACAGAGCUGGGCUGGUACGAUGAUUACACGCCACCUCCCAGCGACAUCACCUUAACUGUUACACAAUGA